AACAAAAAUGAUUUUGUUUACACAAUUUUAUAAAACACACCAUUAAUUCGUGAACUAUUUUCUUGAUCAAGAUGUUUAAAGCACAAAGAAAUGGAAAGUCACCAAGUUCAGGGGAGAAGAUUGAUUUCAAGUUUUCAAAUUUUCAAGCUCUUCAGGUACCAAAGGUGUGGGACAAGCUUUCAGUGUCGAUAAUAUCUGUAGAAUCUGGAAAAACGAUUGCAAGAACAAAUAAAGCGUUGGUGCGAAAUGGGAAUUGUCAAUGGACAGAAACUCUAUCAGAAUCUAUCUGGAUUCAACACAACAAUUCUUCAAAAGAGCUUGAAGAACAUCUAUUCAAAUUUGUUGUUUCUAUGGGGUCUGCUAGAUGUGGCAUUCUUGGGGAGGCAAUGGUCAAUAUGGCGCGUUACUAUACUAGUUCAAAAUCUUCUUCCCCGGUGUCAUUGCCAUUGAAGAAAUGCAAUUAUGGCACGAUUUUGCAGGUGAAAAUCCAAUGCCUGACACCAAGAACAAAACUAAGAUACAUGUUUGUGGAUGAAGAUAAUGAUCAUGCAAGUAGCAGCAGAUCAAAUGGCUCAGCUGUUUCACUUAAUCCCAAAUCUAAAUCCCCUCCAACUCAAGAUUUGGCUCCCACUUCACUUCUUGAACAAAUUAAAAUCAUGGAACCGAGUUAUGAACCAUCUAGUUCGAAUCAGAACAACGAUUCGGCUGAACACUCUUUAGAAAAGAAAACAUUUCAUCAAGAAAGUCAUAUAAAUGGAAUCAAGCACAAUAUUGAUGCAAAUUCCAAAAAUAGUGUUUCAAAAUCAAACAAAUCAUCUUUGAAAUCAAUGAUAACUCAAGACGACCAAGAACAAGAGUACAACGAAAGCUCUGCACAUGUCCCUCCCUCAUCAUCUGUGAUAAAUGUCGGCUCUUCAAAGAAUCUUUUAGAAGCAGCCGAAGAAACCAUUGAAGAGCUUCGUGACGAAGCCAGAACGUGGGAGGAAAAAACACAAAAACUAAUGCUCGGUUUGGAGAUUUUAAGGGAGAAAUACUCCGACCAGUCAAAAACUUUGGCGGAGUCUCAAAUAGAGAUUUCAUCAGCAAUGGCGGAACGUGAUAGCAUUAAGAAAGAAGCUGAUCAUAUAAAGAUGUUACUCGAGGAAUCAGUUGUCAAACAGAAGGCACCAAUGGAGUCAAAGUCAACAUACAACUCCAAAGGUCAAAGUCAACGUUUAAAAGAACUUGAAAACGAGCUAAAAGCUCACAAAGAAUCAAAUAUUGACUUGACUCAACAACUGAAGAAAAGUCAAGAAUCGAAUUUUGAGCUCGUGUCUAUUCUUCAAGAGCUUGAAGAAACCACAGAAACACAAAGAACGGAAAUUGAAGAACUUCGGGCCGUUAAGUCAACGUUGACCGAAUUAGAAAAAUCUUUCAAUUCCAAUUUAAUGGAAACCAGAAGCUUACAACUUAAACUGAAACAAACGGAGGAAUCAGAGAAGACUUUACAAGCAAACAUGCAAGUUCUCGAACAAGCUUUAGAAAACGAGCGAAUUUCAAAUAGUCAAACUCGAUCAGAUCUUGAAAAGAAAGAAGAAUAUAUCAACAAUAUGGAGUCAAAAUUAUCAGAAACAGAAGAAAUUGGAAAGAAUCGAAUGAGAGAAAUCGAACGGCUGAAAAUGAAAGUUAGCGAGGUGGAAAAUGAAUGUAACGAGCUAACGAACGAGAACCUCGAGCUUGCUUGUGAGCUUAAAGAACGAAACAAGACUAUUGAAGAAAAUCAUAUUACAUCUAUAUGUUUAGAUAAUUUAAGAAAUGAUCAAAUGGUGCUUAGCGGUAAUCUUGAUUCACAAGUUUCCGCUAAUAAGUUACUUGAACAGAAAGCAAUGGAGCUCGAAAAAGACAAGCGUGAAAUGGAGCUUUAUUCGUUUGAAAUGGAAGAAGAAAACAUCAAGUUAGUGGAACAUGUGUCUGAAUUAGAAAGUCAACUAGCGCGGGUCAAAGACGAGUUGGAGAAAUCUGAAUCUGAAAAGCAAAAAUUGCAAGAAUCUGCUGAAAAUCUCAUUGAGGAAUGCAACACUCUCCAGAAAUCGUAUUAAGAUAUGACAAAAGGAAACGCUGAAUUGUAUGAUCAAUAUUCGUGUUUAGUGAUCGAACUAACAUCCGAGACUGAAAGAAACCAGAAAGAAGUAGAACGUCUCAAACAUGAAAUUUCUCGGCUUGAUGAACAAAAGUCAACGCUGACUCUUGAAAAAUUGAGCUUAGAAUCGUCUCUCAAAGAAAACGAUAUUCACACUUUUCGUAAAGAAUCUGAACGUAAGAUUCAAGAACUAACAACCGAGCUUGCUGUCGUUAAAAAACACCACAAGAAGCUGAUCGCAGAACACGAGAAAAAGUCAAAGUUGUUGACUAGUUACAGAAUAAGAGAAGAACGAAUAAGGACUGAUUCAGAACACGAACGUCAACAACUCAUUGAAGAGGCUGCAAAUUUAAAAGAAAAAGUAUCAGAUUAUAAACAAAAGCUCGAAAAACUAAAGAAUGAAAAAAGUAAUUUAGAAGCUUCUCUUCAUUCGGUUUCCAACAGUUUCGAAAAGCUUAAAGCUGAGAAGAUGUCGUUUUUCAACAAGAUGUCGGAAUUUGAGGAUUGUAAAAGUGAAAGAGAUGCAUUAGAAGAAAAGCUUUCUAGACUGGAGGGCGAUCUAACGGCUAAAAAUGCAUCACGUUUGCAGGAUGCUAAUAUAAAAAAUGAAAUAAGUAGGAUCAAGAGUGCGAAUUUGCAAUAUCGGCUGAAAAUUCAACAGCUUGAAGGCGAAAAGAAAGAAUUGCUUAAAAAAGUUGACGAUCUAACGGGUGUUCAUGAGACUCGUACUCAAGAAGAUACGGACUAUGCUGCAAAGAUGAAGAUGCUUGAAGCUGAGCUUGAUGAGGCUCUCAAUGCAAAUCACAAGUACAGAGUUCAACUUCAGAAGCAAAAGUCUAAGGGGCGUAAUACUCAUUCAUCAGGGAAAUCAAAGGCUGAAGGUGAAGUGGUGACAAAAGAGCUGUUUGAAAAGACGAAAUCAUCUUUGGAGACAGAGCUAAAAGACCUUCGUGACCGUUACCUUGAAAUGAGCCUCAAGUAUGCUCAAGUAGAGGCCGAAAGAGGAGAUCUUGUGAUGCAGUUAAAAACAAACAGUGCAAAGAAAUGAUCUCAAUUACUUGAAAACCCGUGAUAAGUACAAAGAACUCAAUAUAAAAAGAUUAAUAGUUCAUAACUUCAUAUUCUUUAAACUCGGACACUAAAUAAUCAUCACACCAUGGGUUGGCUUAAAUCGGGAGAACAUGUUGCCACUUUUACAUAAUAAGAUGAUAUUAUUUUAAGAUUUGUUCAUUACUUAUAUUCUAGUCUGCAACCCUAUUGUUACCCUUUUGAGUAGCAGAGUAUAUACAUUAUACAUAUAUGCA